CAGACAAACAUCACACUACUUGUUAACAUUUUUCUUUUUCCAAUACUCAGAUGCUGACACAUCAGCUUAAUAUAAUGAGUGUUUCAACCUGGAUAUUAUUAUUUAGUAUCUUCGCGUCAUUGGUCACAGGAAUGCAGAUCCACCUUGCGGACACUGGCCAGCCUCUAGACCCACAUCUCGAAGCUGUGGCUUUUCCCAUCCAUAAACCGAGGGAGUAUCAGGUUCUGAGGUGGUCCAGCAGGGAGCGCCGCUCCCUUCGCAACCUCAACAACUCCUCAGUGACCCUUCGUCUUCCCUUCAAAGACUCUCGCCUCGACCUGAUCCUUGAUAAGGUCAAUCUGGCUGCACCUGACCUUGAGUUAAGUUUCCAUGACCUCCCCAAUAAGAAGCUUAGUAGUGUUCAGCUUGACUGUUUCUACGCCGGCGGCAACAGCACCACCUGGGCAGUAAUAUCCACCUGUAGUCACCUGAUGGGUGUGGUAGCGAGAGCUGGAGAGAAUUAUCAAGUGGAAGAGGUGGAUCAGCCAGGACAGCGUCACCGCCGGGGUGUAAGAGAUACCCUCGUAGUGUUGUAUCCUCUCAGGUCUCCUCUCCCUCAAGAUACAGCUCAGCCUCCAUUUCCGCCAGACUUCGAUGAUGAGUUCGAUGUAAACACUCCUGAAACACAGUUAGACAGGACUUCGAGUGCCCUCGGUGAUCUGACGACUUCCAGCGACACCUCUGAGACACCUGGUGGGCGAGGAGGCCGUGUACGUCGUCGGACACGGAAAGACUCAUCAUACACGGUGGAGUUGGCAGUGUUUGUGGACCGUCCACUCUACUCCUACGUGAGGAAGCGCUACCCUAACCACAACACGGAUGACAAAGUAGUUGAGAUUGUCAUGACCUUAAUUAAUGCUGUACACAGGCUGUACUCUGAUUCCUCGCUGGGAGACGUGAAGAUAGGACUCUUGGUGAAGAGAGUAGAAGUGCUGGCCAAAGGGGAACCACACAGUGCCAAGGGAGACAUCUUCAAGUACCUCAAAAAUUUCUGUAAAUGGCAAUCCAACAUUAACCCACAGAACACGCCCCGGAGCUGGGAUCACGCCCUCCUGCUGUCUGGUGAUGACCUCUGGAACGCUGUGCCCUCUAAGAACACGACUGUGGGUCUGGCCUACGUCGGGGGCAUGUGCUCUCGUUCUUACUCAUGCACCGUCAAUGAAGCCACUUCUCUCACCGCCGCGUACAUCAUUGCUCACGAGAUGGGUCACAAUCUGAAUAUGAGGCACGAUGGCAGUGGGUCAGCUAGCCACUGCAGGAGGAACGAGUUCAUCAUGUCCCCCGUCAUGUCGUCAGGAGCCACCACCUGGUCUAGCUGCUCCAGGGACUCUCUGCAAGCCUUCCUUCUCAGCCGUGGUCACUGCCUGGACUCCUCCAGCACACACAUGGUCAGUGUGGAUGGCAAGAACCACGAGGGUAAGGCCCCUGGCAGGAGGUUCAACGCUGACGAGCAGUGCCACUACAUGUAUGGCAACGGCUGGAGACACUUCUACAGCUCACAGGAACCAUUCAAUAAUGUGUGUCGAGAAAUCUGGUGUCGCAAGGGACGCUACCUGAAGACGCCCUCAGCUGCCGCUCUGGAAGGAACGUCCUGUGGCGCUGCUAAGAUGUGCAAGAGAGGAAGGUGCGCAAGGGAAAGAGACACUAUGGAACGCAGAAUAAAAAUAAAAAAUGCAACAAAGAUACGUAGAAAACCCAAGGGAAAGAAACAAAAAACAUAUGCUGGAAAACAAUCCAAGAUGACAAAGGCCAUGAAACAUGUGAAAAAAACUCACUCCAAACGGAAAAAUAACGUAGCACGACAGCUGGACACGCGCAAGAGAAACGGGAAACUGAAGAACAGAAGGAAAAGUGUAGCAAUGAAAGGGAAGAGAAACAAAGGAGUGAACAAUUCACUGGUUGUCAAACAAGAAGAAACAUUUAUUCAAAAAAAGAAGAAAGUAAGCUGGAAGAAACCCAAGAAGUUCCGGCGUAUAGAGACACCGACACACAUUGUAAUAAAGGAGAGAAUGAAAUACGUUGCGGGGAAAGGAUGGAAGGUAAAGAUAAUAAGAAUCAGGAAGACUCGAAGAAUGAUAGAGGAAUCGAAGAAUAGGAAAAUGCUUGCGAAAUUAGCGUGCGUCAAGAAGUCCAACUGCAAGAAGCCUCGCACCAGAAGCAAAACGAAGAAAUUCAAGAAGAAAUGGGCUACGAAUGCGGAAAUGAAGAGUGUAGCCGCUAAAAAGAGACUGAGAGCCACUAAGAACAAUAGACCUACAAUGUCAGUGAUAUUAGAGAGCUGUCGGCCACAGAAAAUCAAACACGUACCAGGGAAGGGUUGGUGGGUUAAAAUACGCACUGGUUGUAUAAGAGCGACUCUCAAUAAAACUCUCGCUUGAUAAAUAUCUCCACUUUUUUUUUAUAGAAAAUUCUUUCAAAAAAAAAGCCUUUCCUUGAGGGGUGUCUAAAAGACUUAUUUGAAAACGAGCCCCAAGACUCUUUCAAUAAAAUUAUCUCAAAGACUCUUGAAAGAUUUUGAUAUUUACAGAUAAUGAGUCGAUAAUGUGAUAUCUUUAGUGAUCGCCUCCUUACAAUAGAAUUGCUAAGACACAAUUUUUGGUAUGCCAAUAUUUGGCUAUAAUUGUUAGUUAUUUUAGACAAGGCUGCAUGCAAUGAUAUUGACGUUGCAUGCAUUGUUUACCUUCUGGCCAAAGUUGGCAAUAAGAAGCAGAUUGCUCAGGGAGAAGAUUGUA